UCAGUCCGUGUCUGUAUAAAGUCUCUCUGAACUGAUGGCGAAUGAUCAGAAACCAGCAGCUCGAGGAACUUCAGCAGUCUUUUCUUAUAAACUCUUGUUAAUGUUCGUUCUGAAGAUGUUCCGCGUGUUUUCGGCUGUUCUGCUGGUGUGUGUGUGUGUGAGCGCGGAGCGGCCGGAUUUACCGAGAGACUUCGGAGUGAAACUGUGCGGCCGCGAGUUCAUCAGAGCCGUGAUCUUCACCUGCGGAGGCUCCCGGUGGAGGAGGAGUGCGCAGGGCCCCGGUACGUGCUCAUCUUCAUCAGCACCAGAACAACAUCUUCAUCUUCUUCAUCUUCAUCAGCACCAGAACAACAUCUUCAUCUUCUUCAUCAGCACCAGAACAACAUCUUCAUCAGAUGUAUUUACACCAUCAUCAUCCUCAUCAGUCCUCCUCGUGUGUGUCGCAGGUGUGCUGCUGUUUCAGGCCGCGCGGGACACAGAUGAAGAGCCGUCUCUCCCGGAGCUGCUUCCGGUGGUGAUGAGCGACAGACCGGAAGCGCCCGACCGGCGGAAGCGGAACCUCUCUCUGGGACUGGCGGGAAUGUGCUGCAAUCAGGGCUGCACCAAAAAUGACAUCGGCCUCCUGUGCUGAUGAGGAUGAGGAUGAUGAAGGACUCACUGAUGAAGAACUGAACUGUUAGAUCGUCCCAGUGCUUCAUUUAUUUCACAUCUGUUCAUAUGACCACAUGAAUAAAGAACUUCUUGAUUGCAACUUUCAUAUUUACUGACUAAUAAUCUGUUCAGAAGAAUCGCCAAACGAAUAAAAGCAACAGUGUUGCGAGUGAAUGUUUACCAGAACUAAAUCAGAUCUGAUUUAAGUGUUCAACUGCU